UUUCCCAAUGUUCCGCCCGGCAUCUGUCACGAAAAAGCAAACACCGCAAAAUUUCAAAAACAAAAACAGAAGAGUGAAUCCGCGCGCGCCUAAAUUCAACAGCACCCAUCAUGCCGAAACCGCGAUCCGGCCAAGUGAAUUCCCGUGCAAAACCCAGCAAACCGGCCAAGGGAAAAGCAUACCCCACGCAUCGAAUCCCCCGCUCCAAGCUGAACGCGGCUCUAAAAUUCCUGGAGGGAAAAUCCCCACCCGCGAAGUGCAACACCACGGCGGUGGGCGGCUGCUUCAAAAGUAUUCUGGACAAAGCCGGUGCUGCUCGGUCCCGCCGGGUUGAGGGCUACGCGAACGACAACGUUAACAUGCUGGAAGUGGCCCGGCAAUGUGCCCUGCGUGGACAGUGGGCGAAUCUGAUCAAGACGUUCCAGAUUCAGAUGCAGGGCAUCCGACGAUACGAUCUGCCGGUCGCGCUGAGGAACUCCCUGUUCGCCAUCAUAGCGGACCCGUCCCUGAACGAUCCGUCCUUCCUGGAGGCGUAUCUGUACUCCAAUCCCUACUGUGCCAACCAGACCGACCUGAAGUACUGCGUGGACAAAAUCCUGGAAGUGUUCCAGGGGGUUACCAUCCGGAGCAGCAAAUGGAAUCCGGAUCUGAUGGAGGAUGCUAGUGAAACCGAGCGCGAGGAAGUCAACGAUGAUGAUGAGUCCAGUGUUGAGUCUUUGGAUGAUGAUUCCUAUGGCGAUGACGGGUUGUAGAGAGCGGGAUUCAGAAGAACUCAAAAUGGCUGUGAUUAGGAUCUAAUAAAAUAAAAUUCUUCAAAAUAAAAGUAAAAAAAAUGAAGGUUUGACACAGA